AUGUCGUCUGAGGAAGGCGACCGGCGAGCGCGGCAGCAACGGCUGCUCCCCGUCCCGAUCAUCCCCGUCGUCCUCUUCCUCGUCGCGCCGUUCGCCCUCUUCAUGUUCACGUCGCCCGACCUGCAGUGGCAGCUCCCACGCAUCCGCAUCGAGUACGACGAGCCCUCCAGCGCGCCCACGGACGAGCGCACAUCAUCGACGCCGCCAAAGUCUCCGGUUCUUCCGGGUGCCAGAAGUGAUGAUGAAGAGCAACGGCUCCCGCCGCCGCGCCAGCUGACGGACCCGCCGUACACGCUCGGCGCAGCCGUGUCGGACUACGACGCGAGCAGGGCCAGGUGGCUCCACGACAACCAGCGGUUCCCGGCCUUCGUCGCGCCGGGAAGACCCCGGGUGCUCGUGGUCACCGGGUCGUCGCCGCGCCGGUGCGGGAACGCGGACGGCGACCACGUCCUCCUCCGCGCGUUCAAGAACAAGGUGGACUACUGCCGCGUCCACGGCUUCGACGUCUUCUACAGCAACGCGGUGCUCGACGCCGAGCUGUCGGGGUUCUGGACCAAGCUGCCGAUCCUGCGCGCGCUGAUGCUCGCGCACCCGGAGACGGAGCUCCUCUGGUGGGUGGACUCCGACGUCGUGUUCACCGACAUGCUGUUCGAGCCGCCGUGGGGGAAGUACGCGGGCCACAACCUCGUCGUCCCGGGCUGGGACGACAAGGUGUACGCCGCCAAGAGCUGGCUCAGCAUCAACGCCGGCAGCUUCAUCAUCCGCAACUGCCAGUGGUCGCUCGACCUGCUCGACGCGUGGGCGCUGAUGGGGCCGCGCGGCCCCGUGCGCUACGAGUACGGGAAGGUCCUCGGCAAGGCGCUCUCGGACCGGCCGUCGUACGAGGCCGACGACCAGUCGGCGCUCGUCUACCUGCUCGUGACGCAGCGCGCCAGGUGGGGCGACAAGACGUUCCUGGAGAUCUCGUACAGUCUGCACGGCUUCUGGCUGGGGAUCGUGGACAGGUACGAAGAGAUGCGGCGGGAUGCUGCGACGCCGGGGGUCGGUGGCGAACGGUGGCCGCUGGUGACGCACUUCGUCGGGUGCAAGCCGUGCGGGGGGCAGUACGCGAGCUACGAGGCAUCGCGGUGCCGGAGCGGCAUGGAGCGCGCGCUCAACUUCGCCGACGACCAGAUUCUGAGGCUGUACGGGUUCGAGCACGAGUCGCUCAACACCACCGCCGUGCGGCGCGUGCGGAACGAUACCGGAGGACCGCUGGACGCGGACGACGUGGAGAUCGGCCGGCUGUUGCACCCGACGUUCAGGGCUGGCAGGCCCUGGUGA